AGCCGGAGAGCAUAACGCCACCGCGUCACUUUGAGGGCGGACAUCGGCCUGUCCUCAUCAUCUCCUCCUCUCUGCCUCCCCCUUCCCUGCGCGCUCUCCAUACUUCGGUCUCCAUCAGUCUUCAUGGUUCUGAUCUCACCCCACGCCAUGCAAGCCACCCGGGCGUCCACCACCGUCAGUGUGUUUGCGGACUGCAGCAUCCCGACCGGGCUCCGGAUUGGACCGGUACCGGGCAUCUUCAAACUCGGGAAGUACGUGUCGGACCGCAAGGAAGUAGGGCCCAAGAAAAAGAUCCGCUUGGUAAGGGGGGAGUUCGUAGAUGAGUCGGGAUGUCCCGUCCCGGACUGGAUCGGAUUAAUCCGCGCUGCCAGGAACAGCCAAGAGCAAAACCUGGAGGCUCUGUCAGACCUGCCUGGCGGACAGAUUUUCUACCGCGUGCUGAGAGAAAUCCCCGCAGGAGAGGAGCUUAGUGUGUGGUACUCCAACGCUCUGGCCCAGUGGUACGACAUCCCCACCACGGCCACUCCCACGCACGACGAGAAAGGUGAGGAGCGUUAUAUCUGCUGGUACUGUUGGAGGAUAUUCAAAUACCCGAACACACUCAAGGCCCACGUUCACUUCCACUGCGCACUGAGCAACGGGCGGGGGUUUGUGAGCAGCGAACAGGCCAGGGGCACGGAGACCUUCAGCAGGUCACCAAAAUCUGGAGACAUUCCCAACAACUCCGCCUCACCGAGGAGCGCUCACAGUAACUCCUCCAUCUCAGACUCAGGUCGGCGGGCGGUGUCCUCGUCACCGUUUUUGAACAAAACGGGACUGUCAAAGAAAAGCAGCUCCGAGGAGCAGGACAGGGCCCUCGACAUGAGCGUCACUUCAGGCAGAAACCAGGGGCAUCUCCUCGGCCUGGGCGCCACCACUUCAAUGCUAAGCAGCAUGGGCUUCCAUCCUGGUGUGCGCUCAGCCUUUAAGCCAACUGGUGUCUCAAAAGUCCCGGGAACGGAGGGCUCCAGAGAGGAGGCCAACGGAAAGCUGAGCGGUAUGGGAUUCAGCAAACUCAUUGGGAACAUGAAACCAAUCCGCAACGUGGGCGAGGGUCUAAACGCAGGAGGGAACCACCCUCCCAAGUGCCCACCUGCAAUUAUGGACUCCACAUCUCCGAUGGUGCCGUGCACAAACGCAAUCCGAGGUUUCCCGCUGCUGCCACACAUGGAGGAGACCUCAGCUUUCAAGCACGUAGAAAGUCGUUUGCACUCCGGCCUGUCCCCGUCCCGUUACCCGCAAAUGCCCCCGGGUCUCCAUUUUGAAAGAUUCUCCCUCCCUCACUUCGACGGUGUCAAGACUUACGGUGGAGACUGUAACAUCCCCCUGAUGCCCUUCACUGUCUAUAAUGGGGAGCUUUUAUACAGCUCCCCCUACUAUCCGCUGAAAUUCCACUUCAGCAACCUCCUCAAGUACCCAGAAUCCGUGUCAUACUUUGGUGCACCCUCGCUGAGCCACGACCUGGGGUCGAUCACGAACAUUGACCGGGAGAUCGCCAUGCACACACAACAGCUGUCAGAGAUCGCAGCAGAGAAGAACCGGACACGGCUGGAUUCCAUCCCCGCCGGAAGCACGAGCAACACCACCUCUGGCAAGCCUAAAAAGGGACAUCUGUGUCUUUACUGCGGCAAGCUGUACUCCAGGAAAUACGGCCUGAAAAUCCACAUGAGGACUCACACAGGCUACAAGCCGCUCAAGUGCAAGGUGUGCUUCAGGCCCUUCGGAGAUCCCAGCAACCUGAACAAACACAUCCGACUCCACGCGGAGGGAAACACGCCCUACAGGUGUGACUUCUGCGGAAAGGUGCUGGUGCGGAGGCGGGACCUGGAGAGGCACGUCAAGUCCAGACACCCCGGACAGACCGUCAAGAAACUGGACGACAAACCGGGCGGUCUGUUCGAGGAAGCCGAGCAAAAGAGCGACAAUGACAGCGACGUGGACGUGUGCUUCACCGAUGACCAGAGCGACCAGGAGUCGAGCAAAAACAACGACUGAGAUGUUUUUCACGGCCACAUAAAGACUGGCAUUGUCUUUAAAUAUUGUACACAGCAACACGUGUCAUUUAGUCUUGUAUGAAGUCUUGCAUUUUUAUAUUUUAGAUGCCUGGAAGGCGCGCGAACUACAAACAUGACGACAUGUUUCUGGCCUCGACAUAAACGUCAUAAUCCACAGCCUAGCUGUUAAUCUCAGUAAUAAGUGGGGAGCUAGGCUCAGUAUUCAGUUUUCUCACAUUUCCCGGCUGCUUCGGACCCCCCAAAACCCUUUGAAGCAAACAAACACAAACAAAAAACAAAUAAAGAAAAAGGAAAAAGAUGAUCGUUGCGUUUUUGCCACGCAAACCAAACGACAACAAAAGUGAAAACGAGGAAGCUUCGACAUUUCGAAUUUUUAUUUCAAACCUGAAUCUUCGCCCUUUUCCACAUUCCUUUUGAUGCCGACGAAAACACAUCUGCCAGCGAUUCAAAAAAUAAAUAAAUAAAAAUAUUCACAUUUCAGCAAAACCGUGAAGGCAGCAGCGCAAAACAAGCAAACCUCAGUCACACAAGAAAAACAAAAGCUCAUAAGACUGAAUAUGACACUAAAACACGUCUCCUUGAUUUGGUUUGCAGUGUAAAACUAUCUCUUGUAAAAUCCCCCACACCUCCCUCCUCGCCAAUGAAUUUCCAUGUUUGGAACUGGUACUGAACUAAAGGCUCACCGGAGGGGGGGUUAGCGUUACAUUCACUUACACGGGAUAUAGACACAUGAUCAUUGUUGUAUUUCCCCUCCCUCGGACUGUCAGUUGCACUUUAACAAACAAGCAAACAAAAAACAGCAAUGGGCAUUUCAUCUCCACGACACGGCUGCUUAAUUAGCUGCUGAUUAUUGAUUUGAAUAUUGUAUCUAUAGCCUCACCCGCACCCUCCUCCUCCUUCCCACUCACUCACGCACGCACACACACCGGCGCGCCUCGCGCACUGUUCCUAAACUUGCACUUUCUUGCCGAGGCGCGCUCUUCUCGCAGAGGCACCCGAUAGCGUCCAGUUUAUUUAAGGAAUCACGUCUAGACAAAGAGUAUGUAUUGAGUGCAGUUCUAGCCUAUGUAAAGAAGUUGUAAAGUAUGAUAUUUCAAAUUUCAGUGGAGAAGUGAUGUAUACGUUUGUUUCAAAGUGAUCUUGUCCACGACGGACAAUGUUUUACUCCUGUCAUUGAGUCGGUUGCUUUUUAAAUAAAUUUAAUUUAAUUUUUUUC